AUGUACGGGAGACAUAUAAUCGCUAGACUGCGAAUAGCAAAAGCCGGAGUUGGUAGGCAAUUAUAUGUACAAUCACGAAGGCAUUUUGGUCUACAGAGACCAAUAUCAUUCGGAAGAGUUCACUGGCAGCAGCAUCAACAGCAGCUUAUUCUCACUAGAAAUAUUGGUUUUGUAAGACUAAUGGCUAAAGCAGUGAAAGUACCCGCAUAUGUUGGUGGUACCCUUGCAGCUGGCGGAUCUUAUGUGGCAUACAAAGUUGAACAGGCAUCGAGUUAUACUUCUGACAAAUUAUCGUCGUUUAAAGAUUUCACGGAUAAUGUAUUUGACAAAACAGGCGACUUUUUGAAAGGAAUGAAAGGAAAUGGAGAAAGUGUUAAUGGGGAUGGUAAUGGCUCAGGUGAUGGUGGAGGAAAUAGCGACACAGCUACGGCCGCAGGCGCAACGGCAGCAGCAGUUGGCUUUGCUUCUGAAGAUGAGAAAGAACAUGACGAGAAGGAGGAAGAUUUUGAUGACGACGAAGAAACUCUAAUCGCUGAUGACGAGGAAUUACCUGAAGACGAUGAAACAGAUGACCAAAUGUUGACAUUGACUAGGCAAAUGAUCGAAAUAAAGAACCUAUUAUCUACAAUUGAUCGUGACGCUAUAAAAUUACCUUCUAUAGUUGUUGUAGGAUCUCAAUCAAGUGGCAAAUCCUCAGUUUUAGAGAGCAUUGUCGGUCAAGAAUUUUUGCCUAAAGGGUCGAACAUGGUUACUAGACGUCCCAUUGAGUUGACACUUAUAAACUCUCCUGAAUCAGCAUCUGAGAUUGCAGAGUUUCCCGCAUUAAAGAUGUAUAAUAUAUCUGAUUUCCAACAAGUACAAAAGGUCUUAUUUGAUCUUAAUAUGACUGUUCCGGAGUCGGAAUGCAUUUCCAGUGAUCCUAUUCAAAUUAAUAUCAGAAGCCCCAACGUUCCGGAUCUUUCCUUAGUUGAUUUACCAGGAUAUAUUCAAGUAGAGGCUGCGGAUCAACCCAUUGAGCUUAAACAAAGAAUAAGAACUCUAUGCAAUAGAUAUCUAGAAGCUCCGAACAUCAUUUUGGCCAUAAGUGCUGCUGAUGUUGACCUUGCCAACUCCUCUGCCUUAAGAGCAUCAAAAGUUUCUGAUCCAUCUGGCGAAAGAACGAUAGGUGUUGUCACUAAGCUAGAUUUGGUAGACCCGGAGCGUGCCAGAGCCAUUUUGACAAAUAGAAAGUAUCCUUUAAAGAUGGGAUAUGUUGGGGUAAUUACGAGGGCACCGAAUGCAAACAUGUCUGGAAGGUUAUUUUCUAGAAGAUCAUUUAGCGGCCAUCAAUCUUUCGUCGCGCAGCAAAACUUUGAGCACAAUUUUUUGAGGGAUCACAAAGAGGCGUUUCAAGGAACGAAAACGGGAACAAGGAACUUAAAAAAGAGGUUGAUUAAAGUCCUUGAGCAAUCCAUGGCAGCCUCAUUGCGUCCAACCCAUGUGGCGAUUCAACAGGAAUUAGAAGAGGCUUCUUAUCAAUUUAAGGUGGAAUUCAAUGAUAGACCAUUGACUCCGCAAAUGUAUCUUGCGAAUAAUAUAGAUAUGCUCAAAUUGGCUACGAAAGAGUUGAGUCACAAGUUUUCAAGGCGCGAAUUAAAAGCUAUUCUAAAGAAUGAAUUAGACCAAAAAGUUUUAGAUUUGUUGGCUGAAAAAUACUGGAAUAAACCCUUCGCUGUCAUGCAUGCUCAUAAUGAUGUCGUGGAACCUGAUUUAAGGGAGCUAUCCCAAAGCAAUAAUAUCCAGGAUGACUCCUACUGGCACCAGAAAUUGGACUUGGCUACAAGUUCAUUGACGAAAUUAGGUGUUGGCCGAUUAUCAACUAGUUUGGUUAGCAAUGCUCUUCUAACUGAAGUGAGAAACAUCGUUGAUGACACUCAGUUAACCAAUCACCCAUUAGCAAAGAAUGCGGUUGAAGAUGCAGCCAAAUCAGUCCUUGGAGCUAAAUAUUUCUCUACGGCUGAUCAGGUAGAAAAUUGUAUAAAGCCAUACAAAUAUGAGAUAGAAGUUGAAGACAGAGAAUGGCUGAACAGUCGAGAGAAUUCGACCAGAAUUCUUAAAGAGGAGUUGAGGCAAUGUGAAAGAAUGUACAAUGAAUUGAAGAAGCAAGUUGGUGGAAGAAAGCUACUGCAGGUGAUAACUUAUCUAGAAAAAUUAAACCAACAGCAAGCCAUUGAAGUCGAUUUUAACUCUAAUGAGGCCCUAGGAUUUUCCCUGGCUUUGAUAGAAAAGGGGCAAGAUGCUAUGUUUCUUAGGGAUAGAUUAUCAAUCUUAAGAAUGAGGCAACAAUUUGUAAAGAGUUCUAAAAGAUGCAAGAAGAAGGAAAACAAAUAUCAAUGCCCCGAAAUUUUUUUGGACGUCGUUGCGUCCAAGUUAACAUCUACAGCAAUUUUGUUUUUGAAUGUAGAGCUACUUAGUGACUUUUAUUAUAACUUCCCUAGAGAGUUGGAUAUGAAAUUCUUUAACUUGAGUAAGGGGGAGAUUGAUCAUUUUGCCAAGGAAGACCCUAAGAUUAAGAAACAUAUUGAGCUACAAGAGAGGAAGGAUAUGUUAGAAGCUGCUUUAAGUAAGAUAGAGGAUGUCUUGGCACUACAAAGAUCUAGAUCCAAAAAUAUUGAUGAUAAUAACGAUGGUAAUAAGAGAUCUAUUUUUAACUGGGGAUAA